AUGGUGGACUACUCAAAGUGGGAACGGCUGCAGGUUUCUUCUUCCGACGAAGAAGAAGUUGGAGGGAAGCCGCGCGUCCGUCGUUUCGAGGAGAAGCAGCGUGUGACGGUCGGCCCAGAGGGCGUCUUCAUCGAGGGCAAAGAGGACUCCAAAGUCGAGGAACUGGGCGAUGCAGAAGACGCAUGGACAGAAGAGAUGGACGCAGGCGACGGAGACACCGCAGCAGAAGAAGCGUUCGAAGACGCCCACGAAUGGCCGCGGUGCGGCUUCCUUCCGUCCGCGAGCUUCGCCUCCCCGAGCGGCGAGGAGCCUCAACGCAAAGGCCUGGGGAGCCGCGCGCCCCCCUCGGCAUCUUCGUCUGCUUCGGCUGUCUCCUCACCUCAGCAGAAGCGCGAAGACGAGGCGCUGUUGAUUCGGAACGGCGGCGUCGUGGAGGGCCGAUACUGGUGGAGUCAGACGCAACAUGAAGUGACGGUGGACGUGAGACUGCCAGAAGGCGUUCGCGCGAAGGAGGUGAAAGUCGACAUCCACGAAGACGGCUUGACCUGCCAGUGCCGCGGCGCGCCGGUGCUUCAGGGCGCGUUUCCCCACAAAGUCGAGGCCGACGAAGAAUUGUGGUUCUGGGAGCUCCUCGAAAAGAAGGUGAACUGGCGGCGGCUCGCGCAACUCGCCAAAGAUGUCAACGGGCAAAGCGAGGAGAGAACGCCAGCGACCGACGGAACCGGAGCCGGAGCCGACGCUUGUCCGACGCCAGAGUCUCGCGCCGCCGACCAGACGGAGAAGGAAGCGCAAAACCUCACAGAAACAGAGGGAGAAGCCGCUGGAGAAGGACAGGAGGAAGUCGCUGUGUUUCUGGAGAUAAACUUGAGAAAGAAACCGGAAGUCGCCGGAACCUAUGUUUGGUGGAACUGCGUCGUCAAGGGAGACCCGUCCGUGAACGUGGAGAAGUUGCCUGGCCGAGCGGCGAAGGCGGCGACGACGAAGAAUUUCAAAACUGCUUGGGAGAAGGCUCACCAAAUGUUUCUUGAAAAACUGAAGAGCGAACCUCGAGAGCUCAUGGAAGUCUAA